AUGGCUAGCGGUCUCAUACUACUUACUGGAGCGACCGGAUUCCUCGGCAUACGGGUCCUUGCACUUGCCCUCGAACGCGGAUACCAAGUGCGUUGCGCGAUUCGCAAGGCGACAGACCUCGAUAAGCUCCGAGGCGCACCAAGAAUUGAACGCCUGUCACUUGCAGAAAAUCAACUGUCUUCAGUCGUUGUGCCUGAUAUGACUGUCUCCCAUGCUUAUGACGAAGCCGUCAAAGGGGCGAGGUACAUCGUCCAUUGCGCAUCGCCGAUGCCGAACGUUAGCUCGAAAAUCGGAUCUGGUUCUGAGGAGGAUGCUUUUGUUACGCCCGCUGUGCUGGGUGUAAUGGGCAUUCUGGCCAGUGGAGCAGAGCAUGCCAAAGAUACACUGAAACGAGUCGUGAUUACGUCUUCCAUUGUCGCCAUCACCCCACCGGAGUACUUUAUAGGAAAGGGGGACUCCAGUAAACUGCCAGUCACCUCGGAGUGGCGGAUACCGAAUCUCAGUCAACCAUACAUGCCUGGUUUUGGAGUGUAUCAAGCUAGCAAGACAAAAUCUCUUAACACUAUCGAAGAAUGGCAGAGCACGAACGCAACCCCUUUCGACAUUAUCACGCUUAUGCCGAGCUUGAUUUUGGGCGUGGAUGACCUUGCGACGACACCGAGGGAGCUUGAAAAGAGCGGUAAUGCUAUUCUGCUGAGUCUACUGAAGGGAAAUCAAUCACCCAUUCCACUGAACUCUGCCGUUGUGGAUGUGAAUGAUGUCGCCUUGGCACACCUCCGCAGCCUUGACGAGAAUAUCACUGGUAACCAGAGUUUUAUCCUGGGUGGACCUGGUGAUUGGAUCAAGACAACGGCCAUCGCCAAGUCAGUUGUUCCGGGGGCGUUUUCCGACGGUAUACUGCAAGAAGGUGGAGUACAACAUACAUUUGACGUGGCAGUCGACGCCCGUAAGACAGAGGGGCUGCUCGACAUCAAGCCAACGCCCUACCACAACACCGUCGCUGCAGUUGCUAUACAGUAUGUCGAACUUUGUAAAGGGGCAAAAGUUUAG